AUGAAUGAUAUAUCUAUUGAACAAAUUACAUUACAAAAUAAUUUUUUAAGGGAAUUAGAUUUAUUUUGCAUUUUUAAAUUUAUUAUUACUAAUGAUAUCCAAAUUUAUAAUGAAGACUCUUAUAAAAGCUUACUAAAUAUAGUCAAUUCAUCUAAAAUUUUUAGUAUUGAAUCAAAAAAUACAUUUUCAAAUGAUGAAAAAAUAUAUAAGAAAUUCUUUUAUAGCUAUGGGAGAUUCCUUAAAAUAAAAAAUAAUAUGAAUGUUAAAUUAAAAGAUGAAAUAAUAAAAAACGAAAAAAAAGAAAUUUAUAAUAAUAACUCUCUUUUUUCUAAAAAUUUAAACAACAAAAAUUUAUUUGAAUUUUUUAAAUUUCCAAAAAAUAAAGAGGUAUCAAACUAUAUAAAAAAAAUAUGCAUUGAUAAUUUGAUAAAUGAACCAUUAAAUAUAAAUUUAAGUUUUGUAAAAUUUGAUAAAAAGAAAAAAAAAAAAAAGGGGAAAAUUAAAAACGAUUCAAAAGAAUUAUUUAAAAAAUUAUUUAAAUCUAAUAGCGAUUCGGGUAUUUUAAGUAGUAACUUAAGAAUUCAAUGCACUGGUUGCGAUGAUACCCAGGAAUGUUACAAAAAACCAUCAGAGAAUUUUAAAAAGUUUUUCAAUAAAACAAAUACAUCCAUUUCAGAUUCUUUUAAAUCAUUAACUAAUUUAAAAAAUUCAUUUGAUGAAAUAUAUGAAAAUAAUUACUUCAUUGCGAAUUGUAGCAAUUCAGAUGAAUCUGUAUAUAAUUAUUUUAGUGAAUCUACUAAUAUAGAAGAUAAUACAGAUAAAAACAAGAAUUUUAAAUGUAAAAAUUCAAAUUUAUCACAUAGAUUAUCUAUGUACAAUUUUAGCUUAUUAAAAAAUAGCAAUCCCUUGAAUACCUUUUUUGAUGAUAAUUCUUUAUGUUUAAAUCAUUUUUAUGAUAUUCACAAUAUGCUAAAUAGAGAUCCAAUUGGAUUAAGAAAAAUAAAAAUUAUGCUAAAAAAAGACAUUGGUACUAUUAGUAUAUCUCCCUUUUAUAUAAAUUUUGACUGUUCCAGAAUAUUUGAAAAUGUAUGUAGAACUUUUAAUUUGAAUAAAUAUGAUUAUAAAAAGCAAAAUUUAUAUCAUAUAAUAAAUUUAUGCUUUAGUAAUGAAAACUCUUUAUCUAUAAUAAAAAAUAUUUUUUUAGAUGAUUUAUAUAAACAGCAAAAGAUAUAUGAAAAUGAAUUGAAUUAUAAAAAAAAUUAUAGAAAAAGAAACUCUUUAAAUAAAAAGAAUACCGAAAAUAUAUUAGAAAUUUUAGAUGAUGAAAAAAGAAUUAAUGUAUUAUAUUUCAUUAACCGCUUUUUAUAUUCUCAAAAGACUCCCUUAUCUUAUUUAUUUAGGGAUUAUACUAUAAAUGAAUAUUAUAAAGAUAAUAAUGACGCUGAUAAAGAUUUAUAUUUUGAUGAAUUAACAGUUGAUUAUUUUUUAUUUUUGAUGAUUUUUGAAAAAAAAAUUGAAAAAAAUUUUUAUAAAUAUCUAAUUAAAAAAAUUCAUCAAUGUAAAAGAAAUUUUGUCUUUCAAAAUAAAGAUUCCGUCUCUUCCAGUAAUAGCAUUAAUAAUGAUAAAAUAAUAAAAAAAGAACAAAUAUUUAUCAAUGACAAAGAAAAGCAAAAAGGUGAAGAUAACAAAGAAAUUAGAACUAAACAUUACAAUGGAAAAACAAAGGUAUAUAUGAAAGAAAAUGAACAUGAGAUAUAUAAAAGCAAAAAAAAAAAUGAUUGUUAUAACAAUGGAACUUAUUUAUUAACUAAUUAUCAAAGAGCCAAUGAAAUUAGAAUAAAUGAUAUAAAUGGUUAUUCGAAAGAGUUAAUUGGUGAUAAAACAGCUUUGGAAAAAGGCGCCUAUCUUCUAGAAAAUAUAGAUAAAAUACAUAAGAAUGAUAAUAAAUUUUCGUCAAAUGAAGAAAUUAAAUGCGAAAUAAAAAAUCAUAAUCAUAGUGUGGGUACUGAAUUAAAUAAUUUAAUCAAUAAUACAACAGAAGAAAAUAGUGAAGAAAAUUAUGAAAAUUUUAAAAAAAUGAAUGAAAAUGAAAUAAUAUUAUUAAAAUGUAUUAGGCCUUUUCCUACUAUAUAUUGGCUUAUUAAUAAAAAUGUAUGUGCAUAUAUUUCUCAUUUAGAAAAAAUUAAUAUAAUUAAAAAUAUUGAAAAAUUUAUUAAUCAUAGAAAUGAUGAAUUUAAUUUACUUAGAUAUUAUUUGAUAUAUGAUCACUUAAAGUAUAUAGUAAUCCGACUAAGGCAUAUAAACAAAAGGAUUUUAAUUUUUUUCUAUAACUUUUUUGUAAAUAGUGAUAACUUUUUGAAUCAGUAUGCAAGUAAGGAUAUAAUGAAAUCUUAUAACAAUUCUUUUGAAGUUAAACCAGUUGCAAACGAAUAUUUUAAGAAGUAUCAAACAAAUUCUAAUGUUGUUUCAGAAAUACUCAGAAAAAUUAAUACGUUAAGAAUAAAAGGAAUUGGAGGAAUCUCCAAUUUUUUAACAUUAAAAUGUAUUCAUCUUCAUUUCGCAUCACAUUUAUCCUACCCGAAUACUAUUGGUUAUAUUUUAGAAGAAUACUUUAAAUCGUAG